AUGCCUAUGGAAGUGAGGGAUGGGGGAGACAGCCUACAUGAAGAGUCAGCAAGGAGCACAAAAGGUAAAGUAAGAAAAGGAGAAGGAACAGAAAUGAGCAGGAAGGGACAUCAAGGAGCAGAAAGGGGCAGCAAGGAGCUGGAAGGGGCAGCAAGGAGCACAAAAG